AUGGGGAAGGGCAGCCGCGGGUUGGGUCCGAGUGAUACCGACGCCCAGCGCGCGGCCCGGGCGAGAAAAGAACGCGAGCGGUCCUACGGCCUCCAGGUUGAACGUCAGGCCAUGCGGGAAGCCGGGGGCGAGGGAAGGCAUCACGGAAAGGAAAUGGGCCCACCACCGCCGCCGCCGCCCUCACAGGAGAUUCUUUUAGCGCGCGAGCGCCGUCAAAAGGCGUUGGCCUACGCCCGGGAGAUUGAGGAGCAAAAGCGUCAACAACAACUCCAGGCCCGGAUCGAGGCUGAGGCUUGUGAGAAGGCCCAAUUCGGGGCAAACUCCACUGAUGGUUCGGCAUCGCCUUCUGAGCUUUCCGAGCGGGAGUAUCAUCUGAUGAACAUGUUGCUUGUACACGAGCAAAAUAAAAUGGCUGUAGAAAGUAUUCGGAGAAUCUAUGAAAAUGGCUCUUAG